GGAAUAAAGGGGAGGGUUUUCCCACCUUAUCCCGGAAAAGGACGGAGAGCUGCGAAGGGAAAGUGCUGUCGCCUGCUCCGUGGAGUCCCGUUCCCUGCCUCCCUCUGUGCCUGCUCAGUUCCUGCUUGUGAUGCUUUUGGGGGACAGGACAGGGGCUUUCGGCAGGGCUGCGCUGUGAGGCCGUGGCCAUCAGAAAUGAGUCUUCACGAUCUCCACAGACUAGCUUUGGUUUAAACCAGGGAAGUCUGAUUCUUCAGGUCCUGAAGGAUGCGAGUAACUUAGAGUUCUGUGUUGAAGUACUCACCUGGGCACUGCUGACUCCUGGAGAAACAACCUGAGAAACUGACCCGUUGUACGUCGUCCCUACGGAGACACAGUAGAGGGGCCACCCCCCAUUUCGCAUCUAGCUGAGUGGACUAUGGUGGCAGGAAGAUGUUGGCUCGGAAGAGUAUCAUCCCUGAAGAGUAUGUGUUGGCACGGAUUGCUGCAGAGAACCUGCGCAAGCCACGCAUCCGAGACCGGCCUCGCAAAGCCCGCUUCAUCGCCAAGAACGGGGCAUGCAACCUGGCACACAAGAACAUCCGCGAGCAGGGGCGAUUCCUGCAAGACAUUUUCACCACCUUGGUGGACCUGAAGUGGCGUCAUACACUGGUCAUCUUCACAAUGUCCUUCCUGUGCAGCUGGCUGCUCUUUGCCAUGAUGUGGUGGCUGGUGGCUUUUGCCCAUGGUGACAUGGACCCAAGCACAGAAAGCACUGCAAACAGCACAAAGUGGACACCAUGUGUGACAUGUGUGAGGUCUUUCACCUCCGCUUUCCUUUUCUCCAUUGAAGUUCAGGUGACCAUUGGUUUUGGGGGCAGAAUGAUGACAGAGGAAUGUCCCUUGGCCAUCACAGUCUUGAUCCUGCAGAACAUUGUAGGUCUGAUCAUCAAUGCUGUCAUGCUGGGCUGCAUAUUCAUGAAAACCGCACAAGCUCACAGGCGGGCUGAGACCUUGAUUUUCAGCCGGCAGGCAGUCAUUGCAGUUCGAAAUGGCAAACUUUGCUUCAUGUUUCGAGUGGGAGACCUGAGGAAAAGCAUGAUCAUUAGUGCCUCAGUGAGAAUCCAGGUUGUGAGGAAGACUACGACCCCUGAAGGAGAAGUCAUACCCAUUCACCAAGUAGAUAUCCCUGUGGAUAACCCCAUUGAAAGCAAUAAUAUAUUCCUCGUGGCUCCCUUAAUCAUUUGUCACAUUAUAGACAAGCGGAGUCCUCUUUACGAUAUCUCUGCUGCUGACCUGGCACUCCAGGACCUGGAGCUCAUCGUGAUACUUGAGGGAGUCGUAGAAACAACUGGCAUUACAACGCAGGCAAGAACCUCCUACAUAGCAGAGGAGAUCCUGUGGGGUCACCGCUUUGUGCCCAUUGUCACUGAAGAGGAAGGCGUGUACUCAGUCGACUACUCCAAGUUUGGCAACACUGUCAAAGUGGCAGCACCACGCUGCAGCGCUCGAGAGCUCGAUGAGAAGCCAUCCAUUCUCAUCCAGACACUGCAGAAGAGCGAGCUGUCCCACCAAAACUCCCUGCGGAAACGCAACUCCAUGAGGAGGAACAACUCCAUUCGAAGGAGCAAUUCCAUGCGGAGAACCAAUGCCUCCCUCAUCGUGCCCAAAGUGCAGUUUAUCACACCCGAGGGGAGCCAGAGUGCCUCAGAAACAUGAUACACAGCUUUGUGAGAGGUUGGUGGGCUUUGGAAGAAGGAGGCACCUUUGGUGUUUUGUUUAAAUUUCCUCUUACUUCAGAAAAUGAGACCACAGUGCAGAAAAGAACUGUGUAAGAAAUAUUUAUUCUGUUAUUUACUGAAAGCACCACCUAAUGGCAUUAGGAAACACUUUAGCACUUAGUGUAUGAAUUAAUAGAAAAUGGCACAUACACUAAAGAAAACACUGUUCACUCAUGUAAUACAAUGUGUAUUUAUACUUGGUUUAAUGGCAUGCUAAUUUUUUUAAUUGCAUUCUUUCUGUCAAGGGUCUCUUUCUUAUCUUCUGCUGACUGUCACAAAAUAUGCUUUUUUUCCUGUGUAAGUGGGUUACCCUCCUGCAGGCAGAAGUGAGUGCUUUUUCAAAACAGCUGCAUACAACAGCUCCCACAGAUUUUAUGUGGGUUUCUUGGAUAUUGAUCUUUUGGGGGUGAAUUCCUUGUUCUCUUGAAAGGAGUAGCUAAAUUCUUCUAUGAUUUCACUGAAGAAGAGACAGUAUCUUAUAUUCAGUUUUCCAGAACUUUUUUCUUUCCAUUGGUUUAUUGCAAAGGCAUUUUGAGAGCAAAUUCAGGUCAGCUGAAGUGACCUGACCAUCCCACAGGAAAACGGGUGCCACUCCAGGCAGCACGGGCAUUAAAAACAGUGGAACAGCAUGGCCUCUUGUAGGGCACUGCUCUUCUCAGGGUGAGAUGCUCCAGUGCAGGACAGCAUGCAUCUGUAAUGUAGCUCUGGCCCAAUCUGAGAAACUCAAGUUCUCCCAGCUGCCAGCUGAGCAUCCGUUGCACUGAAAUGAUGCAUGUUGGAAAAAGCACACGCCUCUUAAACAUCCUCUUCAUAUCAGUGAAAGACCAAAUCCUGUCCUGUUUUCUCUUACAGAUUCAUACACUGCAAACAAGUGUACUUCCUUCACUUACAGCAUUUUUUGUAGGACUAAAUCUGCUUCAGCAGGUUACUUUUGGCCAGUGAGAAUUCAUGAAUGAGAAUUCAUGAAUGAGAAUGAGAGGGAACCAUGCCAAUCAUAAUUAAGGUAGCAUUUUCAAAACUAUCUCAAUAAUUUUCAGGGAGACUUGGGUGCUACUGCUGAAUUACUGGUUUUCAGCAGCAUUUCACCUGUGAUUUUAUAUAAUAUGACAUCAAGAAUUGGUGGUAAGCC